AUGCAGAAGAGAAGAAACAUCCUGGUGCUUGUAUUGAUCGUGUUACCCUGGACUUUGCUCAUCUCAAUUUGGCAUCAACGUGCUGGCAAUCCUUUGAUUCCAGCUCAGAUGGAUGGCAGGUCAGGGGUUAGCAAAGCUCACAGAAGAGGCUUCAGACUCCAAGAAUCCUGCAUCACGGAAAACACGCAAAUCACAGAGAUCACCCGGACAAGGUACAUCUACAGCCGACUCCCGCCUUGGUCUGACACACUACCCACUCUUCACAUUAUAACUCCAACCUACAGUAGGAUUGUCCAGAAGGUGGAAUUGACCCGACUAGCUAACACCCUCCUACACGUCCCCAACCUUCAUUGGUUGGUGGUGGAGGACUCAGCGCAGAAAACGGCACUUGUGUCCAGACUGCUGGAGAACACAGGUUUGAAUUACACCCACUUGAACAUAGAGACUCCUCAAAACCUCAAGGUGCGAACGAAACCCAAAAUUUCGCCGAGGAAUCUGGCUCUCCGCUGGCUGAGGACAAACAUCAACCGCAACUAUGGUCACAAAGGAAUUGUCUAUUUUGCAGAUGAUGACAAUACCUACAGCCUGGAGCUGUUUGAAGAGAUGCGUUGGACUCGUAGAGCAUCUGUCUGGCCGGUCGCCUUUGUCAGAGGUCUUAUAUUUGAAUCGGCCAAAAUCAACUCUCUUGGCAAAGUGUCCGCCUGGAAGACAGUGUUUGACCCUCAUCGACCUUUUGCCAUCGAUGUGGCAGGAUUUGCUGUGAACCUCCAGCUCAUCCUCAGUAAACCUGAGGCCUACUUUAAGCUCUGCGGGAUAAAGGGUGGAUAACAGGAGAGCAGUCUGUUACAGGAUCUGGUCACCCUUACUGACCUUGAACCCAAAGCUACCAACUGCACAAAGGUGCUAGUGUGGCACACGCGAACGGAAAGACCUGUGCUUGUGAAUGAAGGAAAAAAGGGAUUUACGGAUGUCUGCGUGGAAAUAUAA